GCACAGCCGGGGAGCCCGCCGCGCCGCGCGCCGCCGCCGCCCCUGCCCUGCCGCAGCGCACCGCAGUCCGGCCUCCCCGCCCGGCGCCGGGGAGGCUGGCGGGCGGCCUCGUCACGUGUCCUCGGCGAUCGCCGAACAGUUCUGGUGGUGAGGAGUCCUUUCCAAAUAUAAGAGGAAUAAAGAAGUCACUUCCCCAGCUGUCAUCAUCUGCCAACACAUUGAGCAAGAAUAUUUCAAGCACUACAGAAAAGACAGUCCAGCAAACCCUAGAAGAUGAUCGGCCAUCCGAUUUUUUCAAGAAAGGGAAUAGGGUGACGAAAUCUCAUCAGAAAAGCAGCAAUAUGAAUGCUGGCCCAUCUUGGAACAAAGUACAACGUUCAAAAAACCCUUCAGGAAAAAGGCGGAGUCAGUUCCAAGUGCCCCACGUGUCCUCCCAGCCUCCUGCGGAUGGACUCCAGGAAAGCGGUUCCCCAGAAGGAAAACCUGAAAGGAGCCCACUGGGCCCCCGGCGGCGGGGCGCCUCGGGGAAUGAGCUGUUUCUGGACCUGCCCUGCGUGAAAAUCCUGAAGGAGGGUGCGGGCGAGGACGACGACAGCGCCAGCGACCUGUCGGACUCCGAGCGAGUGCCUGUGCCGCCGUCCUCGCGCGCGCCCCCGGAGCUGCACCUGCGCGCCGAGGAGAUCGACGCCGCGGACCCCGGUCCGGACCCCGACGCGGACCCGCAGGGCAGCGCGCAGCCCGCCUACCACUAUGCGGACUUCCUGCCCGCCCCGUUCAGCUCCUGGGACCUCCGCGACCUGGCUGUGCCGCCCGGCACUGAGCCCAGGCCCGCAGCUCGGAGCGGCGCCGCAGGGCUGCUGGCCAGGUACAUCGACAGGCUGGCCCAGCUCGAGUGGCUACAGAUGCAGACCGUCCAGGGCGAGAAGGGGAAGGGCGCCAAAGCCAGGCCUCCCACUGCCCCCGGCUUGUCCACGUCCGGGGCUCUGAAAAGCCCCGGCAGAAGCAAACUAGGGGCCAGUGCUCCGGCCAGGCCUCCCCAGGAGGGGGCUUACAAAUUGGGCGCUUCCGGCGCUUCCCGGAGGAAGGAGCUGCCCCGCGAGGAAGCCAGGCCCUCCUAUUACGCGUUUGACACGACCCCCAAAGCCCUCCACGUGCGACGGGGCAGCAGGCCAAGUUCUCGGAAGCCAGCCCUCGACAUGACGGCCGAGGAGCAGAGAAAGAAAGAGAGUAAGAGCCCCAGACUCCAGCGCUGGGACCUGCCCUGCAGUGAUGGCGGUGGCCCUGGCGUUCCCAGGCAGGGGGUGACCGCUCGGGACUCCGCCGACCCCGGUGGGCCCCCCAGGCCGCAGGCACACGCGGGCCUGCAGAAGAAGGGCGGUGCGAGCAGGUGCGCCCACGCCACCACAUCCAGCGAGAAGAAACCCAAAGCCAAUGGAGUAAAGCAAAGCACAUACAAAUUCAAGUAAGAACCGAAAUGAUGCACUGCAAAGCCCUGCCGAUAGCUAAGCGUCAGAGUUCUUCCGAAAGUUAGCAUACUGUGAAUUUCUGAUGACCCACAUGUGAGUCGUCGAGGGGUCCCGUGGGGGCAGCCUCACCUCACCCCAGCCACAUUGGGCUUCUUUCCAAAGAAAGGUGGCUUUCAAUGAGCCUUUCUUUGUGUUGACCAUCUUAAGCAAAUGAGAGCCCUUUAGAUAACACUUAACCCAGGUCUGCGCCAUAUAACGACAUACAAUGACGGGGAGACAGGUGUAAACUGGACGUAGCAGCCAGCCCCGCACCCUGGCCCGUGGCGCUGUCCAGCUCCCCACAGCCGCGCACCCGCACCCACAGGUAGAAGGUAGUGCAUAUACCGCUUUCAACGUAGACUCUGAAACGUUUGAAAUAGGGUCUUGGUGUCCUUCUUCCAAACUGUCCAGACAGAAGUCCUGUCUACUUCAGGCCCAGGAAAGGCUCCAGCCCUUCCUCAGGUUCAGGAGCCUCUCCUAGGAGCAAAGUCAUGAACACUGAGCUGCUCGUUCUUUCCAGACAAUGGAAUCUAAUACUUUCAUAGUUUGGGGUCUUUUUUUUUUUUUUUUUUUUAAGGCAUUUUAAACUCAGAGGUGGUGGUAAAGUGCACCUUUGUGUUCUCUACCCCGAGGUUAGAGCAGAGCCCAGACUUGGUCCAGGUGUGAGUCAGUGGGUCUCAGCAGGACCGUUCCCGCCUGGUGGGAGCCCAAAGUGGAACCUUUGGCCCCUGAGUGUUUCUGACGUAGGUGUGGCUUCUGGAAAAGGUGUGCAGUAAAGCCACUGUUUGGAGUGUGUACAGGGAAGGCCUGCAGCCACAGAUAGACAUGAAAGCACUGUGACCAUCACAGUCAUUUCAUACUGAUUUGGGACCUGGGUCCUGCUGUCCGUAGCUGACAUAAUCCAUUUUACUUUGCAAGAGCAGGAUUUUAUCACCUUGCUUCAGGGCAGAGGCGUGAGGACACCUUUCCAGAUGGAGCGGGGAGUGUCUUCUUAACAUCCUUACCGGGUCCCCUGGCUCCCCUGCUCUUCUGGAUGCUUCUUAUGUAACCACCACUAAGCCAGGUCUAUGUGCGCCUCUAGUCACACUGUGAGGUUUCUGCUGAUAUUGUAAAUAUCUUUAAAACCUUUGGUUGACCACUGGAUAUACAGUAUGUUUUAAUGACUGUGGCCGAUUUUCUCUCUUUAAAUGAGGUAUUUGUUUUCAUCCAUACGUGUUUCUAUUUUUUCACCUUUAGGGCAAAUUAAGAAGCUGGCACUUUUCCUCUGGAAAUGCGUACUAGCUUGCAGACUCCACCAAACAGACAAUGUCAUCGAAGGCCUUUCAGUUAGUAGGAUAACAACCAGAGACAUUUGUAAAUGAAAUGAUGUGCACAAGUUAAAUGUUAAGAUCCCGUUUUAAAAUCUGACUUUACAAAUAUGAAACAGCAUAUACAGAUUUUUAGGGCCGUUUUCUUUUCUCCCAGGACUUGACAUCUAGAUCUUCACGGAUUCUGUCUUACGUUCUUUACCUUUCACACCCCCCUAUUGGAGAGAGCAUGCUGUUACACGAAGAUCUUGUACCUUUAUUAUGUGGGUAAAAACGCACAUCUAGUGGGCCUUACUUCCCUAAUUCUCAGUUAUAUUGUAACUUAUCUACUCAGUGUAUGCACUGCAGUUUGAAACCCUAGCACUGCCCUGACUGCACCCUUCUGUGGUUGCUGCGUGGCGUCCCCUGUGCCCUUUGCCUGCACCCCUCCUUGUGAACGCAGGGGGACUAGUCCUUUGUACCUAGCCAGCACGGCCCCUCAUUCGUGAUGCUUUCUCAGCUACCAUGUUUAUGUAGCUCUUUAGAACAUUUCAGGGCUGAUAAAUCUCCAUAAGCACAUCAUAUACGUACACAUACGGCCGUUAUUAAUACUAAGGGGUUUCGGUGAGCUGCUGCCUUCUCCAGGAAUGCUGUGUGUGGGUCCCCUUGGAGGCCCUGCUGGGUGAAGGCCCCGUGUUCACUUUGCCUUGUGGACGUCUGAGCCAAAGACCAUCCUGAUUAGGAAAUUGAGAGGCGGUGCCUCGGAUGUCACAUUUGUUCCUUGCUCUCUGAAUUGAAGUCGGUUGCCUAAUUUGGGGAACAGUUACAAUGUCACAUGUUACGACAGUUUGAAAAGCCUGAAAAAGUGACUUUGCUUAUUCACGUUUUUGCCUCAGGUUGAUGGUUUAUUUUAACCAGGAUUCUUGCGAUUGGAUCAGAGCUCCUGAUGAACAGCAGGGGCUCACUAGAGAACAUAAGCACAAUUUCAUUCCCACGGUUUCCGAUCCCCACCCCUGACACAGCCUCCUGUUCUAAAUGCUGCAGACAAGAAUCCUGCCGCUUUCCCGCAGACAGCGCCCGAGAGUGGAGUCCUGGCCUCCUGCGGUUGGUCACGUCUAAGCCACCCAGUGUCCUGCUAGUCUGGGGACGCAUCAUUGUCUUCAGAGAAGUGCCUCUCAUUUCUGGGAGUUGUUGACAUACAUGUUGUGUUUAAACCAACUAAAAUAAUCCAAGGUUUAAAAAAAAAAAAGGUGUAGAGAAAGUUAAGAGCUACUGAAGGUUUAGAAUCAGUUAAUGGAAAAAGUUGUAAAAACAUACAAGAACAAACUGUAAAAACCUAUCAGUAUUAGCUACAGUUCUUUAGGUUGAGACUAUUUCUCAACUCCUUAAGGACCACACUGGCUGAAGGUUCGUAACUGACUGACAGGGCAGGGUGGGUUCCUGUGAUGACAAAGAUCGUUGGUCUCACAGCAGCUACAGGCUGAAAGGAGGAAGGCUUGUCCUGGUUCUUAAGCCAGUAGGCUAGUUUCCCAAAAGACGGAACAAUCUCCACCUUUCAUGAUGUAAAUGCUGUAUUUCCUCUUUAUGCUCACUUACUUAGGUAGUUAAAAAUAGAAAACUCUAGAUGGUACUGUGUUUCAAGGUAACAGAGAAGCAGUAUUUAUGAUUUAUUCAUGUCCGUGUACAGAGGUCCAUUUCAAAAGGCCUGACCCAAUCGAGCAUGUUUGUUAUUUGCUGUUAAAUUAUUGUAUGCUUGGUUUUGUACAUAAUAAAACGAAACGUGUCUAA